AUGGCUGACAUUGUAAUCAGCUGCGAGGCAUGCAAACAACGGAAGGUGAAAUGUGAUCGCGUUCAGCCAGCGUGCGGAUGGUGUGCUCGCAAUGACCAUCUAUGCGAAUACAAAGAGCGAAAGAAACCGGGCCUACGCGCUGGCUAUGGGCGUGAACUCGAAUCACGGCUGGACAGUCUCGAGCGUCAAUUACAGGAACAGACGCGGCAACUUGCAGCUCAUUUAGCAGAUGCUUGCAAUACCAAUGGAGCUCUCAACACCAGGCCAGGUCACCCAUCUUAUGAUGCAACACUUCAGCAACACACACUCGACCCUAAUCUUAGACCGCCCUCCCGCCAGGAUCCCUACCCGUUCCUUCCUACGGCGUCUGAGCCUCGCGACCCCAAUGAUCACAAGCUCAGACCCUUGUCUCGCCAGAACUCCUUUCAUUUUUCUGCGGCUCCUCCUGAGCCUCAAAACAUCCAGUCCCAGAACCAGUAUACACCAUCAGCCCAAUCAUAUCCGCUGACUUCACCACACUCCGCCUCUGGCUAUCAGGAGCAGGCCGCAUACUUGCCGCCCUACGAUCUACUUUAUGCCUUGGUGGACCUGUUCUUCAAGCACAUCAAUGCCUGGCUGCCAUUGUUGGAACGAAAGACGACGCUUGAUCGGCUUUUCGGCGCCGCACCGCUCGACGAAGCAGACCGUGUCCUGCUCCACGCCAUGGUUGCAGUGACCCUGAGAUUCUCAAGAGACCCACGGCUGACACCGGAAAGUCGUCAGCAGUACCAUGCUGUGUCCAAGCAACGAGUGCAGCUGUUUGGCCUCGAAAACUCCAGCGUGCGGUCGCUCCAGGCCUUGACUAUUCUAGCCCUAGAUGUUACGGGUGACACAAAUGGCCCCCCGGGGUGGAAUCUGAUCUCUCUUAUUUCGCGCAGCGUGAUACAGCUAGGACUAGCAGUGGAAGCGACAUCGACACUUACUGCGUCCAUGUUUCCCUCCAUCUCCACUCUACGUGCUGCUGUCUUGCCCGAAGCAAAGACAUGGAUCGAGGACGAAGAACGUCGACGACUGUUUUGGGCAGUGUAUCUUCUCGACAGAUAUACCACUGUUGCAACUGCAUUUGACUUUGCUUUGGACGACAAAGAGAUCGAUCGACGCUUGCCAUGUCGAGACGAUUUGUUCUCCGCCAAUAAACCAGUCGAGACUCGUCCCUUCAAGCCAACACAACGUCCUAAAUACGCGGCCAAUGUUAGCGACGCUCACGGUCACUUCUCGUAUUUUAUCGAGAUCCUAGGAAUUCUUUCCUCUAUUCACAAAUUCCUAAAACGACCGAUCGAUAUUGGGUCUUUGACGGAUGUCGAGCAAUGGCAGGGUACGUACCGGGCACUCGAUAGUGAAUUGCAUGCCUGGCACUUCAGCCUUCCGGACGACUUUGCCAAUAUCAUUCGCUUGAUGAAAAGUAACGUACCUGCCAAGCACGCUCACUGUGGCUGGAUCACGGUUCAUGCAGCGUACUGCUUAACUGUCAUCCGACUGAACUCUUCGGCUGCAUACCCAAGUCAAACAUCUCCGAUUUUCUCAUCGUCAUACAGCGCUAUGCAACGCUGUCUUUCGGCUGUGGAGAGUCUGCGUCAGCUCGUCCACUUUGUCCAGAUCAGUGGCCUGACAGAUAAGCUCGGUCCGCCAGUCGCCUUUUGCGUGUGGGUGUGUGCGCGAGUUACACUGGUGCACGGCUCAACCAUAGAUCACGACGUCGAUCCAGAUAUUGGUUUUUUCGUAUCGAUUCUGUCCGAGAUGGGCGCCAAUUGGGACGUUGCGCGGCGGUAUAGCGAGAUAUUGAACCGUGUGUUGAGCGAAUAUCAGCAUUCACGAAGUGCUGUCCGUUUGACCGGAGAGCGGACUACGCCGUCCACAGUGCGAAUCUUGGCCGACAUGAGAAGAUGCGCCUACGAUCUAGAUUUCCUGAUUUCGCGACAGCCACACAACUCGAUCAAGUCGUACCACCCAACUCGUGCCAAUACUCCGCAACCCAACGAACUGGAGUAUCUCGACGUUUUCGACCUCUUCAACUUCCCGAGACUCGCGACUGCUGGCGCCGACGGCUUGGAGAACGGCAACCAGGCCCAGGUGCUGGAUCAGGCGGCUGGGGCUUCCGACCUAGCAACUAUGAUACCGAACUUUGCAGUUCCCGACCCUCAGGAAGACUGGCUUUUUCACCCCCGUUGA